CGCAGGCACAGUCACUGACCGCGGUACGGUACUCUACUAUGGGAACUCCAGCUGCGCUCGCCGGUUAGCGGGGACGGACGGCUGCGGCUCUCUCGACUCGGACCCUCAUCACUUGUUACCGCCGGCAGGCGCCUGGAUGUGAUGUCUGCGAUGUCCGUGAUGCAUGGGUCAAGCUGGUCCUCGCAGUAAGGAAGUGCUUGCGAUCCAGGGAGGGACACACAGUAAUGCAGAACAAAAGGAGCCGCGCCUGCCUUUGAUCGCCGCUCCGCACUUGUGCGGCGGAGGAAGGGAAGGGAAGCGAAGGACGUUGAGGGAGCACGUUGUAGAUCCGGAAUCGCAGCGUUGUUUCCAGGUCGGCGGUGAAGCAGCGUCAGCCGGUGUGUUGCGACCUUGGCGGGGGAGGCCGAGCGAGACGUUCAGUCUCCCGUGACACAGAGCCCAGACCUGGGCUCGCUCACCAUGCCCUUCCUGGAGGGAGACGUGGACGCCCCCGACAAGGAUGGACCGCACAAGGUGGAGGGAAGCUGCCACUCAGCCAGUCCCACUAAGGGUUUCUUCAUGAGGAGUCCGUUCAGCCGGCCCUCCAGCCCCAUGUCGGCACCCGCCAGGUCCAGGGUCAGCCCGAGCUCGCCCAAGACCAUCUUCCCAUACCCCUCUCACCAAGACUCCCCGCCCAAGUCCCCCCGUCGCAUGAGCUUCAGCGGGAUCUUCCGCUCGUCCUCCAAGGAGUCCUCCACCUCAAACACCUCCACCUCUCCCGUCAGCAUCAAGCUCUUCUCCCGGGCCAGGAAAGCGUCUGGGCUCUCCUCGCCUCCCGCUACGCCGACCCAAGCGACCAAACAGCCCCCGUUCCCCCUGGAGGCCUACAAGAGUGAGCCGGAGCGCCUCGAGGCCCGCAUGCGAUCCUUCUCGUCGCCCCCGGAAACGGGCCAGCGCUUCUCCCUGCCCUACACCAAGCCCCCGACCCCGACCUCGGCGCCCCCCGCUACCUCGCGACCCGUCCCCGGACCGCCCGAAGGCAUGCUGGAGAAACUUGACCUGGAGGAGGAAGCUGUCGAAGAGUCCGAGAGCGAUAUUUACAUGCGGUUUAUGAAGUCCCACAAGUGCUAUGAUAUCGUUCCGACGAGCUCUAAACUAGUGGUGUUUGACACGACCUUGCAAGUGAAGAAGGCUUUCUUCGCUCUCGUCGCCAAUGGAGUUCGGGCAGCUCCUCUGUGGGAGACAAAGAAGCAGAGUUUCGUAGGGAUGUUAACAAUCACAGACUUCAUCAACAUACUACACAGAUACUAUAAGUCCCCUAUGGUACAGAUCUACGAACUAGAGGAGCACAAGAUCGAGACCUGGAGAGAGCUCUACCUUCAAGAAACGUUCAAGCCUUUGGUGAACAUAUCGCCUGAUGCGAGUAUAUUUGAUGCUGUGUACUCGCUGAUAAAAAACAAGAUCCACCGACUGCCCGUCAUCGACCCCGUGAGCGGGAACGCACUUUAUAUUCUCACCCACAAGAGGAUCCUCAAGUUCCUCCAGCUUUUCGUGUGUGAAAUGCCAAAGCCAGCCUUCAUGAAGCAGACGCUCGAAGAGCUCGGGAUCGGCACCUACCACGACAUCGCCUUCAUCCACCCCAACACGCCCAUCAUCAAGGCGCUCAGCAUCUUCGUGGAGAGGCGGGUGUCGGCUUUGCCUGUGGUCGACGAGUCAGGAAAAGUUGUUGAUAUUUAUUCCAAAUUUGAUGUCAUAAACCUGGCUGCCGAGAAGACGUACAACAACCUGGACCUGACCGUGACGCAGGCGCUCCGCCACCGCUCGCAGUAUUUCGAGGGCGUCAUGAAGUGUAACAGGCUGGAGACGCUGGAGACCAUCGUGGACCGGAUCGUCAAAGCCGAGGUCCAUCGGCUGGUGGUGGUGGACGAGGACUCCAAAAUCGUGGGCAUCGUCUCCCUGUCCGACAUCCUACAGGCCCUGGUGCUCACGCCAGCAGGUGCCAACAGGAAGGAGAGCGAGACGGAGUGACUUAACUGCUGCAAUGUGUCACGUGAUGCUGGCUGCUGUAGGGGAAAGUUGGACAGCGGGUGGGGCCAGGCUGGGUGGGGUUCAGGGGUCGGGGUGGUGAGGGUGGUGGUGGUGGUUGGGAAGCACAGCUGAUGCUGGAAAGGAGACUAGAGAAACUGAUGGGCAACCAGGACGACAAACUGGAGAAUGGUCACUCUUUUUUUUUUUUUUUUUUUUUCCCUCUCUUUUUUUAGUGUUGUUAUUAUUAUUGUCUUUUGGUAAAACCUACUUCAAGUGGGUUUUACUUCUGUUCUUUCCUACUGAACGGAGUCUGUUGUA